AUGUUAAGAUACAUCUUUUUCAAUCUACUCGCGCCGGUUCGUGCGCUAGAAAAGGAUGAAAAGUACGAGACACCUUUUGUCAGUAAUUUACUGGAAACGUACACUUCAUGCCAAAUUUCGGUGGCACUUCUUGACAGAGAAAAGUAUGUAAGAUCCACAUGUCAAGGUUUCUGGGGGUCACCACUCAUACUGUUUCGUGAUAUUUUGUGUAGGCUUGGAUAUGACGCUGCACAGAAAAUACAAAACACAACUUGA